AUGGUUUCGGUCUUUUCAUUAUCCAAAAACGCAUUAACUGCUCUCGCAUUCGCUGUUUUAGCUCAAGGUAUCGCUAUCCCUGAAGGGCUUGACAUUGCCCAAGGUCUCGACAGGAGAAGCCCUGGGUUUGUUUCCUUAGACUUUAAUGUCGUUAGAAAACCAUUGAAGGUGAACUCGACUGUUGCCCACUCCAAAGACGGCAAGAGACAAUAUGUUCCAUUAUCCUUGAUCGAUGAAGGCGGCUCCUACGCGUCCCAGAUCUCUGUUGGGUCAAACAAACAGCCACAAACUGUUGUUAUCGACACCGGGUCCAGUGACUUGUGGGUCGUAGACAUCAACGCUGAAUGCCACAACAAUGUCACCUGCAAAAGUCAUGGCACGUUUGACCCUAAAGAGUCUUUGACUUGGCAUAGUUUGGGCACCCAAUUCUCCAUCGAGUAUGGAGAUCAAAGCACAUCUGAAGGUACUUGGGGUAAGGACACUGUUGGCUUUGGUGGAAUCUCAAUCACGGGCCAACAAUUUGCUGAUGUCAACUCAACAUCCGUUGCGCAGGGAAUCUUGGGGAUUGGAUUAGACACGCUCCAAGCUUCCACCACGCUGUACCCAAAUGUUCCCGUCACGUUGAAAAAUCAAGGCAUCAUCUCCAAAAACGCUUACUCACUUUACCUCAACGAACCAGGCUCUUCCACCGGUACCAUUAUUUUCGGCGGAGUCGACCACGCAAAGUACUACGGCAAUUUAAUCUAUGAAGAAGUGACCUUGCUCACCAGAUUGACUAUUGCGUUGAUGAGGAUUAUCUACGAUGGUACCACGUAUGAUAACUCAGCGGGUAACGUAUUGUUGGAUUCCGGUACCACCUUGUCCUAUUUGAGCCCAGACCUUGUGAACCAAAUUGCAAAUCGAGCCGGUGCUUACUGGGUCCAGCCUCUCCAUGGCGGUGGACACUAUCAAAUCGACUGCGACGCCAAUCUUCCAGGCGACUUUGUUUUCAACUUUGCCCUCGGUGCCAAGAUCUCCGUUCCAUCAAGCGAGUUGAUAUACAAAAACGACGACGGCAAGUGCUUGUUUGGAUUGCAGCCUGAGCUGGGUGGAGAAGUUCUCGGAGACAAUUUUCUCCGCCACGCUUACUUGUUGUACGAUCUUGACGACUUGACGGUGGGGAUAGCUCAAGUCAAGUACACGUCAGAAUCCAACAUCUCCGCUGUUUAA